AUGGCAUCCUCCAAGCAGAAUCAAGGGCCAGCCACCCACGCUGCCUUACGUGAGCAGUUAGAGAAAGAAGAAGAGAUGUUGGCAAAAGCUAAAGAGUUUUCUAAAUUUAUCCAAAGCUGGGAACGUGGCCGAGCCAUGUGCUUGCAGUUGAAAUCACAGGAAGAUAAGUGUUUUGCAAAGAGCAGGAAGAGGCAACAAGCAGAAAUGAAAGAAGAAAUGCACUAUGCUAAUAAAGAGCUGAUGAUGGUCCGACGGGCAGCUUUACGGCAUCUCCUAAGCACUGAACACCUGCAAUACCAGCUGGAAUUUAACCACUUGGGAAUGUCAUUCUAUGCUGAACGGCUCUGA